AUGUCUCUCCGAGUUGGUAUAAUUGGGGCGGGAAUCGGCGGGCUGAGUGCUGCCAUUGGUCUGCGACGCGCAGGGGCCCAGGUCGAGAUCUUUGAGCGUUCGACCUUCACGAACGAAGUCGGCGCCGCCCUGACCAUCACACCCAAUGGGUCCCGAAUUCUCGACUCCUGGGGGUUCGACGCUGUCAAAGCUGGCAUCGUCGAAGCCGUCAACAUGCGUAUAGUACACGCCCACAGCCUGGAAAAUGCAUCCGUUGAGGACUUUUCGACCUUGCAGCGCGAGUUCGGCGCUACAAUGGGCUUCUACCACCGGGUCGACUUACACAGCAGGCUGCGGGAAAUGGCCGAAAGCUCCGAUGCCCAGCCCGGGGAAGCAGUCGCCAUCAACCUUGGGAACGGCGUCGUCGAUGUAGAUUGCGCGACCGGUGUCCUUGCUCUGGCGGACGGCACCGAGGUUACCAAGGACCUUGUGGUCAUCGCGGACGGCAUCAAGUCCAACUUCGUCAGCAAAGUCACCGGUAAAGAGGAGCCGGCUCGGGACAUGGGCUGGUCCGCCUACCGGUGUCUGAUUCCCAUGGAAGACAUCAUGAACGACGAGCAUACCCGCGCCAUCUUCGAAAACCAGCCCCCGGGAUACUGGGCUCCUUUCUAUAUUCCCAAGGCCUUUUACCUGGUUUCAUACCCAUGCAGAGAUAACAAGACGUUGAACAUAGUUCUCCGUCACACCACGCAGCCCCAAGACAACGGAAAAGUCGACUGGCACACGCCCGCUACCCACGACGACGUGCUCGCGCUGAUGAAAGACUACCAUCCGUCGUUGAGUCAUGUCAUCAAGAAGGCUCCAGACAUCAAAAUGUACAAGCUCCUGCGCCGAGAGCCUCUCGAGACAUAUUCGCGGGGUCGUGCCGUGCUGCUGGGCGACGCGGCGCAUACCGUCUUGCCGAUUCACGCCCAAGGCGCAGUGAUGGCCAUCGAAGAAGCUGCCGCGCUCGAGCUCCUGUUCAAGGGGGUAACAGAUCCGAAUCUGGUCGCAUCCCGACUGGAGCUCUACGGCAAGGUGCUCAAGAAGCACAUCCAUGUCAACCAAUACCUCGGCGACACCGUCCCCGGGUUUCACGACCACUACCGGCAGAAGGCGGAGGAAGUAUGGGGAGACGGCCUUUUCCCCUACACGGCGUACAACUUCACUGCGCCGGUACGGCAGUUCUUCUACAGCUACGACGUGCGGCACGAGAUCACCAAGGGCAUGGAGGAGGCGGGUCUGUAG